CCGACUACAUUUCUAGAUAGACUUCCCCCGUUCCAUUCUUUUCUGCAUAUUCGUACAAGAAGUCCCUCGUUCUCUUGUUUUGUUGAUUCCACACCACCAUGUUCGACCCGUCCUGGCUCCUCGGCCAUGCCCGCACAACCUUCACCCAUGCCACCAACACCAUCCCUCUAAACACCAAGUCUGGCCGAAAAACCACACUCUCAGAUCUUGUCCGCGAUGUAACACCACCAUGUCGUCUCAACCCCUUACUCUUCAACGGCCAUUUGCAAACAAUGUGGACUGCCGUAAAGGAAGCCGGUCCCGCAAUCUACUACAAGCGCCGCGUCUUCCAGUCGACGCAUGCAGUCUAUCCGGGCCAAUUCGCUGUCGAUUUCGUUGUCCCCGUGCCAAAAGAGGGGGAAGUCUGGGAAGAGGACGAGAGUUUACCUGAAAGAACAUUCUACUUUUCGGAAGAGGAGUUUGAGCGGAUUGGGAGUGGGGAUGGGAAACCCAUGCUGGUGUGCUUGCAUGGGUUAUCAGGAGGAAGUCAUGAGGUUUAUUUGAGGCAUGUGGUUGCGCCUGUUACGGCUGAUGGGUGGGAGUGCUGCGUGGUAAACGCGAGAGGGUGCGCAAUGUCUAAGAUUACAACGCCUCAACUGUUUAAUGCGCGGGCGACAUGGGAUGUACGGCAGACGGUCAAAUGGUUGAGGAAGACGUUUCCAAAUCGACCACUGUAUGCUGUCGGAUUUUCGCUGGGCGCAAAUAUCCUGACAAACUACUGUGCCGAAGACGGAGACAAGUGCGAGCUGAAGGCGGCGAUAGCCUGCUCGAAUCCAUGGAAUUUGGAAGUGAGUCAUAGAGGAUUAUUGAGGAGUUGGUUAGGCAUGGAAGUAUAUCAGAGGACGAUGGGAAGUAAUAUCAUAAAGCUGUAUGCACAGCACAAGGAUGAGAUGCUGAAGAAUCCGAAGUUAAAGCAUGAGGACAUCAUGGCGUGCAGGUAUCUGUACGAGUUUGAUCGUGUUGUACAAGCUCCUACAUGGGGAUACCCAACGGAAGGAGCCUACUAUAGAGAUGCGCAGUCAGUAGAUGCAUUGACUGCUAUACGGAUACCUUUCCUAGGCAUCAGUGCGGAAGACGACCCAAUAUCCUCAGUGGAGGCCAUCCCGUAUGAAGAGUUCAAACAGAACCCGUAUGCCGUCCUGGUCACGACCAACUGGGGCGGUCAUCUGAGCUGGUUUCAGAUUGGCGGCAAGAGGUGGUUCGCCUCUGCAGUCGAAGCGUUUCUGCUGAAGAUGCACAACGACAUCGACUCGAGCGUGACUCCAAAUGUGAAUGGGAGUGCCAACAAUACCCGCCCGACGUCGAAGUAUCCGAUAUGGGACCCGAACAACCGAAGGUUACAGCUUCCGUUAUGAGGCGCGAAGCCACGUAGAUAGAACCAGGGUAUCAUAGAUGUGAACA